AUGGGGGACUCCAGGCUCUGCUUCCUGCUGCUCCUGAUCACCUGCGCCUUGGCCCAACAAGGCAGCGACAGCGGAGACAAUCAGACCCCCACAUGUUUGCUGGCGACAAGGUAUAAGAACUUUAGGAAAUAUGUGUACCAGUAUAACGCCGAGAGCAGGAAUGGAGUUAGCGGAACGGCCAACUUGAAGAAUGGACCCAAGGUCACCUGUAAGGUGGAGCUCGAGGUGCCCCAGACGUGCAGCUUCGUCCUGCGCACCACCGAGUGCACCCUCAGCGAGGUGUCCGUCAUCGACUCCCAGGGGCAGCCCGUGUACCGGCCGGCCGCCGGCUCCGAGGACUUCCGCGCCGCCAUGGAGAAGAACCCUCUGAAGUUCGUGGUUGAGCAGGUCACCGAGGUGAACCUGUACCCCGAGCAGGACGAGCCCGCCAACAUCCUGAACGUCAAGAGGGGCAUCAUCUCCGCUCUCAUGGUGCCGCUGGUCGAGGAGGAGAACAACAAGUUCAUGCCCACGGUUCACGGACUCUGCAAGACAGACUUUACCGCUAACUCCAGGAAGGAGACAGCCGCCGACGUCACCGUGACCAGGGAUCUGUCACAGUGUGACCAGUUUAACCCCAUGAGUGACCACACCAGCCCGCUGGCCCUCGUCUCAGGGAUGAGCAGGCCGCUGUCCAAGCUGAUCCAAAGCACGCAGACCUGCUCGUACCAGUUUGACAGCCAGAAGAAACACAUGACGGCAGCUAGCUGCAUGGAGAAGCACAUCUUCCUGCCGUUUUCCCACAAGGCCACGUACGGAAUGACAUCGGAGGUGCUGCAGACUCUAACCCUGCAGGAUUCCAGCAAGAUCAACAACAGAAUCUCGGACUACGAUGAGUCCAACCGGAAGCCCCUGCACUUGGAUUUUGUGCCGGACAAAUCCCCCAUCCAGACCAAGGACAUCAUGCUGACCACCCUUAGGGACCUGAGUGGCUUGGCUCAGACCGACCAGGGUCAGCAGAGGGCCGGCCUCUUCCAGAAGCUUGUAACUGAGAUGCGAGGCCUGAAGAACGAGACUCUGGGACCCGCUGUGUCCGAGAUGAUGGCGAUCUCCACCUCCCUGACCAUGCAGGCCCUGCUCCAGUGCGGUACGGUUGAGUGCACCAGUGCCAUUCUGCAGGCCCUUCAGAAAAUGGGCACAGUGGGCGCACUGGGGAUAGAUGCUGCCGUCUACACCAUGGGCCUUGUGCAGAAGCCGUGCGGCUGCCGUGUGAGAGACAUGCUCAGUAUGGCUCAGCACAGGCAGAGCAAAGCCAUCAUGUAUGGCCUGAGCAACGCCGUCAGGAAGUUCUUCCAGACCAAGGGAAAGGUGACCCCCGAGAUAGCCGACGUGUCCCAGUUCAUGGCCUCCCUCCUGGCUGGCGACUGCUCUGGUGAUGAGGACAAGACUUUCCUGACACUGAGGGUCAUCGGCAACAUGGGAGCAGCCAUGCAGGCCGCCAAUCCAGCUCUACAGUCCACCCUCCUCAAAUGCAUGACACAACCUGCAGCGUCUUCCUCGGUUCAGCAGGCUGCCGUCCAGGCUUUCAGGCAGAUGAACGUUGACCAAAAGAUCAGCAAAGCCCUGCAGGAGACCUAUGAGGAUACCAGUGGCCCAGUCCAAAGGCGAAUUGCUGCCUACCUCAUGCUGAUGAAAAGUCCUGAGAAGGCCAACUUGGCCCAGCUAAUUAGCACCCUUGCAGCAGAGCCGAACGAGCAGGUCAAGAGCUUCGUGGCAUCCCACAUCACCAACAUCCUGAGCUCUGAGGAUGCUAAAUCCCAAAGAACAAGGGAGAUGAUUAAGCAAGCUCUGGGAAGAAACAAUGUUCCUUCCCCCAUGGACUUCACCAAGUUCUCCCGCAACUACAAAAUCAACCCCAUGAUGGCGUCUAUGGAAGGAAAUGUGCUUUUUGAGUCCACUGGUUACAUGCCCAGAGAGGUUAUGCUGGAGACAACCCUGAAUGCAUUUGGAUACAACCUAGACAUCCUUGAGGUCGGUAUAGAGGGGAGUGGUUUUGAACCAACCAUCAACGCUCUCUUUGGAGAGAAAGGAUUUUUCCCUGAUGCUGUAUCCUUGGCCAUGUACUGGGUUGAGAACAAGAUGCCAUCCAGGAUCCAGGAGGUUCUUCAGAACUGGGUGGCUCCACUGAAGAAUGAAAGAGUGAAGAAACAGGUUCCCAGGGACAUCAUGAAAGAAGUCAACCGCAGUUUCCAAAAGCUGGUGAAGCAGCUGCGCUCCCAACAGUCUCCUGAGUUCAUGUCCUACUUGAGGAUCAUGGGAAAUGAGUUGGGUUAUAUCAAAUCAAGUGAGAUGAAGUCAAUGGCUCAGAGUGCUUAUAUGUUGGCUCAGACCUUCUUCGAGGCAAUUCCUUCAGAGUUCUUCCGGGCUCUGGUGACGAAGACGGACAACGAGCUCUUUGCUCACUACAUAUUCAUGGACAACGAGUUUGCUCUUCCCACUGCUGCUGGUUUUCCUCUGAAGUUCACCCUGUCUGGUAUCUUUGCUCCAGGAGCCAAAGGAGGCUUCAAGAUGGUACCUGGCAAGAAGGAACUGUCUUUCAUGCCCUCCAUGGGAGUGGAGUUUGUGACACAGAUGGGCAUCCACAUUCCUGAAUUUGUGACAGCAGGCAUCAAAAUGCAUACCAGCAUGUUCCACGAGAGUGCUCUCAAUGCUAAUCUCGCCAUCUCCAGCAACCAGGUUAAGCUCACCAUCCCUGCUCCUCAAGGAACCACCCAGCUCUUCAGUGUCAGCAACAGACUGCUGUCUGUGUCCACCACACAGACAAAAAUGGUACCCUCAAUGGUUGAGGACAGGACAGACCUUGUGGACUGCAGUACACCCUUCUUGGGAGUCAAAUACUGCGUCACACUGCGUUACUCCAAUGCCAGCUCCACCGAUGCUGCUCCCUACUACCCGCUCACAGGAGAGACACGGUUUGCUCUGGAGGUUCAACCAACAGAAGACGUCAAAGAAUACACUGCCACCAUUUCUUACGACCUGCUCAAGGAGGGAAAAGAGGGACGCCACAAGGUUGAUGUCGUCAAGAUGGUCCUAAAGGCAGAAGGUUCCCAACCUACUGAGGCCACUGCAACGGUCAAGUACAACAGGCACAAGAACAUGCUGUCUACUGACAUUCAGAUCCCUGAUUAUGAUGUGGAGGCUGGAAUUAAGGUGUCUGCCUCUGACACUACUGCGAAGGGAAAGAAGAUGCAAGCUAUCACACUAGAUGUCACCAAUAAGAACAUUCCUCAGUUCACCCUCGUUGGGCGCACUAGAGUUGAUGCCAUGAAGGAUGCUAUGGCACAGUUCCAGCUCACCGUCCCCGCGCUGCAGACGGACGCCACCACCACGGCCACUUUGAAACACAACGGCCUGAUGCUACAGCUUGAGACAGCCGUCAAACUCCCAGAGACAAGCUCCCUUCAGAGAGUCACCUUUAGAUUUGACAAGAAGAAGGUGGAGGUGGAGAUGAAGUCCGACACAAGCUCCGAAAUCAAAAAACUCAUCCCUGACACAGAGGUUUACCAGCAGCACCUGCAGAAUAUUGUUGAUGAUAUCCUGGAUCAGAAGGUGACCAAGACUGACAUGAAACUGCGUCACAUUGUCUCCAAAACCAUUGAGGCAAGCAACAUCUGGCUGGACAAGAUGGCUGUGCAAUUCCCCUAUGUGGAGAAUCUGAGGAACAUGGAAAGCUUCAAAGACCUGACCAUGCCUUCUCUGCCAGAGAAACUGUUCCUGACGUAUGACGGCUUGUUGAGAUACGAAUACAAGGACAGUGUCCCCAUCGCUAUCCCUCUGCCAUUUGGGGGGAAAUCCUCAAAAGAUCUGAACAUUCCCCCAGCUGUGACUUUCCCUGAAGUGGACAUCCCAGAGAUUGGCUUGUAUAUUCCAAAACGGAUGCAACCAAUCCCCACUUUCACCAUCCCUCAUGACUAUGAAAUCCAUGUCCCUCUUUUGGGUGUUGCUGAGGCGUCAGCCAAGUUGAGCAGCAACUUCUACAACUGGGAGGGUUCCAUCUCUGGUGGCAACAACACAGUCAAUGUACCCAGCUACAUUGCCUCAUACAAAGUCAAAGCUGAUAGUCCUGUGAACAUCCUGUCCUAUAAUUCUGAAGGCACGGCAAUGAUUACUGGCUCUUUCCUGGAAGAUCUGAUGUACGGUGUGAAUUGUUCCUUCAGACACACCCUCAUCGAUACUAGUUAUAGUGUUAUCGAGUCAGUGACAUAUGAAGAAGUCAGCACUUUAUUAAAAUCAAAUUACAAGUUUGAAGCUUCCAGCCCCAUAGGUCUUCAGACCUCCUUACACUUCUCUUUCCAAGGUGUCGAGAAUACAGCUGAUCUGGACCUGACUGGAGAAUACAACAUAAAAGGAAACUUCCGAGUCGGCCCAGUGUAUGCCAACUCCGUUUAUGCUCAGUCCUUCAGACUGAACCCCAAUCUGGAGAAAAUUGCAACUGGAGAGUCAACCUUUAAGUUUGAAUCCACAUAUCUCCAGGUGGACAACACGAUUACGGGAUCUUUCAACUAUGGUGACUUGUUAAUUGUGUCUGACACCAAUGUACAAAAAAAUUCUCUUAAACAUGUUGCAGAGCUCAGUUACAAGGAUGGUCAGCUGUCCCUCAAGUCAGAUGCAGUAAGUGCCGCUCUUGGGCCUGUACUCAAAAACAAAGCGGAAUUAAUUAUUACCUAUGAAGCUGCAAACAUACGAGUGGAGAGCCAAGCUGAUGAAGGGAAGAACCGUGCCUACUCACUUCUGUCAGGUUCCUUGAAUGACCGGGGCAUGGAGAUCAACUCUGAUGGCUCCAUCACCUUUGAGGCCACCCGUGGGUUACACAAGGGCACUGUGACAAUAAGUUAUGAUCGACUGGAAACUAGCGGCACAACCACAUUGCAGUCAAAGCCCCUGACCUUUGAAAACAACUUCAAUGGCAAGAUUGAUGGUGCUGGAGCAAUUCUAUCUACAACAUCAAAAGGUAGUAUCCGCCAGCACAGCGCAGAGCUCGUCAUUGAAGGAAAACUUGGAGGUGAUGAGGCUUACUUGAACAGCAUUUAUGAAGGAAACUUGUUUGACAUGAGCUCGAGGAACAGAAUGAAUCUGAAGGUGAACAAACAGGGACUCAUGUUCGCAAACAACCUGAUGGGAUCUCUGAAGAAAAUGAAAACUGAGCACACUCACAGUCUGACCCUUACCCUCUGGACCUUGGCCUUCCACUCUAAGUCUGACAACUUCAUCUCUGACAGCACUUCCUACAAGCAUGACAUCAAGGUUAACAUGAAGCCCUUCGUUGCAUCUGUGAGUAUGAACAACAACCUUAAGCUUCUAAAUGUUGAGUUGACCAAUGACGGACAGGUCAAGCUGGAGCCUUACAAGAUGGAUCUGACUGGAAAUCUGCGGGGAGCCUACGGAGUGGACCAAGAGUUCAGACACUCAUACGAAAUUGGCUAUGCUGGCCUGCAAGGCAAAGUGAAAUGUAGCACCACUGGCAAGUACCUAGGAUCUCAGCUAAGCCACAAUGCUGACCUGGAAGUUGCGGGACUUUCUUCUAAAUUUAACAGCGAGACAAAGAUCAACUCUGAAUCGCUCAAACUUGAAAACACCCUCCGCACCCUUGUAAUGCCAUUUAGCAUCAGUGUGGAUGCUCUGCUGAAUGCCAAUGGUGAACUGAUCACACAUGGAAUGCAUACGGGUCAGAUGUACAGCAAACUGCUGUUGAAGGCAGAACCCUUGACUGUGGCCUACUCCCAUGACUGCAGGGCGUCAAGCAGACACCAACUGGAUCGUGGAGCACCUGUAGUAACACAGUUAGACACCAAGGUUGAUGGUCUUCUGACUCCCAGUGAGCAGUCUGCUGCAUGGAAGAUGAAAUCGAGUGUGAACAGCUAUGCCUACAACCAGGAAAUUAGUGCAUACAAUAACGAUGAGAGGGUUGGAGUUGAGCUCUCUGGAAAAGUGCUAGAGAAAGCUGCCAGUGGGGACCAGGAUAAAGAAUACAGUAUCUCAGGUUUCCUGAAGUAUGACAAGAAUGGUAACGUCCAUGUAAUUGCGCUGCCUUUCAUAGAAAGCUUCCCUGAAAUUUUUGAUCAAUUUAAAAUCACCAUCUUGAACGCUCUUGAGUCCCUGCAGCAGUACAUCAACAGUGAGGACAUCAGCCAGCUUGCUGAAGAGUUCAAGGCCAGCUUAGACAGCAUACCAAAGAAACUUAAUGAUUACAUUACAGAAAUGGACCUAGAAAACAAGAUCAAUGUGGCAAAGAAGAAGCUUAUUGUGCUGACAGAGGAGUACAUCAUAACCACGGAGGACCUGGAAGCCUCUUUGGAGAACCUGAGGGCAGCUUUUGAAAGAACAUUAAGUGAACUGGCAUAUAAAAUCAGAGAUUCUGUAGCUAUUAUUAAGGAACACAUUGAAAGAGGUACCUUGACUAAUGCCGUCAGAAACUCUCUCAUGGAGAUUGGACAUAAGCUAAGAACCUUUGACGAAAGACACGAGAUCUCCUUGACCAUUCUUAAUGUUAUUCAUGCCAUUGAAGACAUCAUCAGGCAACUUGAUUUACAACAACUGAAGGACAGCAGUAUUGCCUGGUUGCAGAAGCUUGAUGCUAAGUAUGACAUAAAAGCUAAGAUUCUGGAAACUGUAAGUAAACUGAAACAAUCCAUUAUGAACUUUGACAUUAUGACAUUUGUUCAUAAACUGAAGGAAAACAUCCCUGACAUUGAAGUAAAUGAAUACAUUCACAAGCUGUCAGCUCAAAUUCACACUGAAGAAAUUGCCAGAGUUCUUGAAUCCAUGAAAGAUGUAAUCAUCAACUGGAUAGAGGAGUAUGAAAUUGCUGAAAAGGUCACUUAUAUUUACUCUACGGUGAGGGAAAUUGUAGUGAAGUAUGAGUUUGAUAAGAAAAUUACAAUGUUUGUGGACCAGGGAGUAGAGGUCAUCAAACAAUACAAAAUACAAAAAGUAGUACAGAUUGCGAUUAAUACCCUAAAAUCUAUUGACUUCCAAUAUCUGUCUGAGAAACUGAAGGAAAAUCUGGUAGGUGCACUUGAUCAGCUGAAGGUAAUAGACUUCAAGGAAGUCAUUGACAAUCUGAAUGCUUACAUAACAACGAUCGUACAGCAGAUUAUGGAGUUUGACUACGAUGCAUUUGUCAACAUGGCAAACAAGAACAUUGCUGCACUGACUAAGAGUGUGAAUGAGCAAAUCCAAGCAUAUGACAUUCCUCAGAAACUUGAGGCCUCCAGGAUGUUUGUGAAAGAGACCCGGGAUUGUGUCAUGAACGUCCUGAAACAACUGGAAGAGACAAGGGUUGCAGAGGUUUUUACGACAAUGCAGGAAAUGAUUGACUUCACAGCUAUCAGUGACAUCAAGAUGAAACUGCAGGAGAGCCUUGAUGACCUCAGACAGAGAAUUAGCAACAUGAACAUCAGAGAAGAAAUUAUUUUGUAUCUUCAAAAAGCAAGUGAAUACUAUGUCAACAUUGUCAACUACAUCACAGUUAUAUUGAACAAAAUGACAGAGGAAAUCCGCAAAGUCUCUGAGAAUCAAGAAAUUGUUAAUGAAAUUGAACAGGCAAUUCAACUCUUUAUCAAUACACUGAAGACAUUCCAGUUUGAUUUUCCAUCCUUUACCGUUCCUUUCACUGAUCUGGUUGUGCCCGCCAUUCAGAUCAACCUUCAGAAGCUGCAGGAGAUUCAAGUCCCAGAAAAGAUUUCUAUCCCAGAGUUCACUGUUCUGGACACCUAUAGAAUUGCCUCUGUCACCAUUGACUUUGAAGAAAUAAAGGAAAUAAUAAUUUCCUUCAUCAAUAGCAUCAGAAGCAUGGACAUCUCACUGCCAAGUCCUGAUGACGUCUUUGGAGACCUGAGAGUGGUAUACCUGUCUGACCUACCAGACCUGACAUUUCCAGAGAUCACCCUUUCGGAAAUCAAGUUCCCGGAGAUUGCUAUCCCUAAACUCAAUCUGGAAAAUUUCAAAAUGGAUAUGCUCCAGAUACCUGAGAUAAAGAUUCCAAUGAUCCCCAGUGAAGUCCAGGUCCCUGCUUUUGGCAAGCUCUACAGUGAGUUCAGAGUUGUUUGCCCUCAGUACAACCUUAAGACAGAAGCUGCACUGAAAAACUCAACCGAGAGCCAGAAGAACCCAAAAUUCAUUGCUACACUGUCCUCCCAAGCACAAUCAUCUGUGGAUUUCCUUGAAUACACUUUGAGUGCUGCCGCUAGUAUUGAAGCCCAUACAAUGAACAACAUGGUCCUCGGUGAGAACUUGAAAUUUGAGCACAAAGCCCUUAACAUUGACCACCAGGCCUCAGUUACUCUCAAUCCCACAUCAGUUCUGGGAGAAGUAAAGACUGAAGCUAAGGCUACCACAGAGGUGUACACAGCAGAAAUGAGGAAUGACAUCAGGCUACUCUUCCAGGGUGGAAUUUCUGCAUCCACACAAACCGCCUAUCAUCAUAACCUAAAUAUCCAAGAGCCAGACAUAUCAAGUCAGGUUUCUCUGAACCAUAAAGCAAGUGCCCAACUGGAAGCUAAUGCCAUUUCUGUCACUGCUGAGACCGAUGGAAGUGGAAAAUGGUCUAUUUUGGAUUACGCUGAUGAUGGCACACACAAGAGUGACCUUCAGUUCAAUAUUGACAUCAGCACUGCAAAGCUUACAUUCACAGGGGAGACAAAAAGCAAGACCAUCAAAAUGAAGCAAAGUGCAAAUAUUGAAUCUGCCAUUUUCAGCUACAUCCGUGUUAAUGCCCGAGCUGAGACCGAAACUCCUUUUAUCAAAAGCAGCGUUCUGCUGUUGGAUGGAAAGGCUGAAGUGAAAGACCUUACAAUUGAGCUACAAGGCUCCCACAACACUGAGUUGAUUGGCAGAGUUAGUGGAGAUCUUUCUAAUUCACUUUUCUUCUUAGUCCGUCCUUUUGAGAUGGUCUUUGAUACCAAGAAUAAAGAAAAUGUUAAGGUGAUGUUCCCCAUCGAGCUGACUGGCAAGAUUGAUCUUCAGAAUGAUUACAACGUAGUCCUCAAAAGUGGAGUGCAGCAUAUUGAGUGGGUCAGCCUGGCCCGAUUCAAUCAGUACAAGUACCACCAGAACUUUAUUGUGGAGAACAAUGAGAAAGAUAUCAGUGUCUAUGCAGCGAUGAACGGUGAAGCUAACCUUGACUUCUUGACAAAGAACCUCACCAUCCCUGCUCUUGAUGUGCCCUACACAGACAUGAAAACCCCCCAAAUCACAGAAUUUUCUCUUUGGGAAGACUUUGGCCUGAAAAAACUCCUUGCGUCUACCAGGCAGGUAUUUGACAUGACUUUCAAGGUUCAGUAUCAGAAAAACCCUGACAGUCAUUCCUUUGACUUUGACCUGACACCAAUUUACCGUGCCAUCAAUGAAAAAUCCAAGCUCCUGGCUACAAAAUUUGAACAGGGAAGAGACAAAGCUGUCAAUCUCCUGACAGACUCCUACAAUCAAGCUAAGGCACGAUUUGAGAAAUACAAGACUGAUCUCUCCAACUUGCCACCCAGGAGCCUGACUGUGCCUGCAUUUGUCAUCCCCAUGUUAAACAUUGAGGUCUCUUCGUUCACAGAAGAAUUGCCUGCAUUCAGCUUCAUCUUUCCCAAAGAGUUUAGCACACCCAGCUUCAAAGUGAUGGGCUUCUCCAUUCCAUCGUACACCCUUGUCCUGCCUACACUUGGGCUGCCAGUACUGCAUGUUCCUGAUACCCUCAGACAGCUAACCCUGCCCACUUUCACUCUACCAGCUGAACAGAACAGCAUUAACAUUCCUGCUAUGGGAAACGUUACGUACGACUUCUCAUUUAAGUCCUCUGUGAUCACUGUGAAUGCCAACGGUGGUUUAUACAACCAGUCCAACAUCGUGGCCAGACUUGAAACUUCCACCACCUCAGUUUUUGAUGUCCUCAAAAGCAGACUGGAAGGAACCACCAGCCUCACAAGAAAAAGAGGUCUUAAGUUGGCCACUGCCCUGUCCUUGGUGCACACCUAUGUUCAGGCUAAUCACGAGAGCACAGUGAGCCUCACCAGGAAGAAUAUGGAUGCCUCCUUGUCAACUGUGGCUAAGGCGAAUCUGCCAAUACUGAAACUGGAUUUUAAACAGGAACUUAAAGGAAAUACUAAGACUAAACCAAAUGUGGCCUCCAAGAUGAAUUUGGAAUAUGAAUUCAGCGUGCCCAAAUAUGAUACUCUUGGCAAGGGGAACAUUGAGCACAGCUUAGCCCUGGAGGGACUGUCAUCAGAUCUCUCCCUGGAGACUUCAACUAAAGGAAAAAUUGAUGGAACUAUGAUGUCAAAUGGCAAAUUUGCUGGAGCCUUUGAGAAUGAGGCUAACACCUAUCUGAAUGCUAAUGGCCUGCGAUCCACCAUGAAGACCACAGCAAACUCCAAUGUUGACUACCAGAAGACUAAAGUGUGGAACAUGGAAAUGAGUGAAAACCUGGCUCUGGAGGCAUCUUUGCGCCGUGUCUAUGCAACACUGACCUACAGCAGCAACAAUCAGGGCAAUAUGGCAUUCUAUAAAACCAAGGGAAAUCACAACGCCAAGGUAACUUUUGAAUAUGUUCCAUUGACAACCCUGAAAUCCAGAGUAGAGAUCGAUGUGUCCCAGCCUAGUAACACUGGUGAUGUAAGCAUACUUGAGAACAUUGACCUUGUAGUCACUGCGGAGCACCAGAAGUUCACCUGGAGUGGCCGGGAGCGGCUGGCAUUUGUUGUGCACGCAAGUGACUUGGUACUGUCCAACGAUGAUUCCGAAGUACGACUGGAGGUCAGCGAGUCUGUGGAGGGCUCCGUUGCCUUGCUGAAGGCUAUCAGGCUGCCCAUCUACCAGAAGAGCCUGUGGGAUGUGCUGAAGUUUGACGAGACCACUAAUGAAGAUAAGCUGCAGUUCCUUAAUGCCUCCUCUACUGUUGUGUACACAAAGAACAAGGAAGGGUUUUAUUUCGCUCUGCCCACUAAAGUUUUUGAGAAUGGUGUCACUUUUAGCAUCCCAGAAAUCACCUUGACAGUUCCUAAGUGGGUGAAGGACAUUCCUCAAAACAUCAGGGAAUUUGACUUGGUAGAUGAGGGCAUCUCCUUCCCAGACCAGAUCACUGUUCCUUCUUUCACCAUUCCAGCUUUCAGAUUGCCUUUUACCUCUCUGUCGGUGCCUUCCUACACCAUUGAUCCCCAGAAUAUUGAGAUCCCAAAGAACAUCAAAGUGCCCAAAUUUCAUGUUUACCUGCCUGGUCUACCCAAGGUACAAGUACCCAGCGUCAACAUUGAUGUAGCCUACUUGAGGGACAAAAUCUCCUCCCUGGCAGUGAAGGUGCCAAAGUACGAAAUCACUUUGUCAUCGAUCACCCUGCCAAAAUCUUUCUCUCUUGGAGCUCACACCAUCCACCUGGAUGAGAUUGCCAGUAAGAUUUCCAACUUUGAGCUGCCAACCAUCAGCAUCCCUGAACAGAAGAUUGAAGUUCCUGAGAUUAACCUCCACUUACCCACUGGUGUCUUUAUUCCGUACUUUGGGUCCCUUUCCACAACGGUGAAGGUGUCUUCUCCCAUUUACAAUGUAACAUGGGCUGCAAACCUGGAGAACAAAGAACCCUCCUUUGUUGCCUCGCUCAAGUCCACCUGCACCUCCACCAUGCUCUUCCUGGAGUACGAGCUGGACGCAACUGCAACUGCCCAUGUUAAAAACGAUGCCUUGAGCGUGACUGGAAAGGGCACCCUCAACCACUCUGACCUUUCCAUGGAAUGGCAGCAGGCUCUCACCCAGGAUCUCAGAAUGAAACGUCAAGCUUCUCAAGGCACCAGUGGGUCUCGCCACACCCUGAAUAUCGACAUCACUAGUCCAACAUUCACCGACCUGAGCGUCCGCUACGUGUGUCACAAAGACAGCACAAGCAUCACACUCUCCUCUCCAUCCUCGGGGUUCCUCGGAUUCCUCUUGCAGAGGAGGAACCCAUCGCAGGUGCUCGGAAAGCUGUACGCUCGAUACCCGUCUGCUCCAGAGAAAGAUAUAGACAUCUUAAGCGUCAGAGCGACUCUGAGGGACUCGGACAGGCUGAACCUGCAGACCUCCUGGAACGCCCAGGUUCCAUACGAUAUGCUCAGUGGACUGAGGGAGCGAGUGCCGGACAUCACAUCUGCUCUCUACAAGUUCGCUAACAAGCACCACACUGCUCACUUGGGCAUGGACUUGAACCGUGCCUCUCUGAAGCUGAAGAACACCGUGUCUAGCUCCAUCGAGAAAGCCAACCAGGAGAUCCUCAAGAGCCUGGACACCCUGCAAAACGAGAUUGAGCAGAUGGGCGAAAGGAGCAAAGCAGUGUACAAGAGAGCCGUUGAAAAUGUGCAAGUUGUGAACCUCCAGAAGAUGAGCGAUGACCUAUCCAGCAACGUCAGGCAACUUCUCAAGCAGUACCGGAAGAACGUCAAGGUCUUGCUGGAUGCAGUCAUGAAGUUCCUGCGUGAGACCAAAUUACAGCUGCCUGGCUUCCAGGAGAAGCUCACAGCACAGGAGCUCUGGAUCUCCAUCACCACGAGAGUUGACCAGGUCAUCCAGACUGCUGCAGACUACGUCGAAUCCUACACAGAUGCCUUCAUCAGUCACGUAAAACACCUUGAAUUCACAGUGCCAGGUACAAACUACGUGGUCAGUGGAAGGGAAAUAGUGGAGAAUGUGAAAUCUGCCCUGCGGAGCACGAGGGAUUACAUCACUGACAUGGCCAAGACCUUGAAGAAAGUGAAGCUGGAAGAAGUGAUUGAGAAACUGAAGAACUUCCUGCAGCUGUGCCUUCAGAAGGCCGACGAGUUAUUGGCAUCCUUGAAGACCAAAGAGCUGGAGAUGCUCUCUGCCUUUAUCGAUGACGCCUUUGCGGUGACCCGUGAUGCCUUGCGCAACAUCAACGCUCGAAUUGCGGAGUCCAAAAAUGUAAUUGCAGGUUACAAACAAGAGGCCAAAGAGAGAUUCCAGGAGGUCUAUGCUGAGAUGACCAUUGAGCACCUGAACACCAAUCUCCAGCUGUGGAUCGAUGGAGUGGAAACAGGCUUCAGAAACCUCUUGGACAGGUUCAUCCAGCUCUUGCAGGAGGUUUCCGAAAGCGUGCAGCCGUACAUGAAGGUGAGCAACAGGAAGGUGGACGUUGACGUCCCGCUGCCCUUCCGCUGGAAGUCGUUCAGCGAGUGGCCCACAGCUAGUUAGUGGCCGACGGCCUGCAAACACUACCAUCUGAACGGGAGAAAGAUGUGGCCUCAGUGAAGGGGUUCAAAUGAGGG